AUGUCUGAGCUUCAGAAGUCGGUUCCAUUGAACAAACAACCCGUUGUCCGAAAACAGAGAGUUCGACCCGAGACGGCCAGACCCAUGAAGAAGGUCCGCAUCAUCUGCAACGAUCCGGACGCCACCGACUCUUCGGAUGACGAGGGAUCUUCUGAGAAGAGGGUUAAACGCAUAGUCCGAGAAGUCUUUUUCCCAACCGCAAACUCGGGUCGCCUAACAAAACCCUCUGAACCCGAGAGCUCGGUCCAAGAGAGCAACAAUGGCGGGAAGGGGUCAAAGAAGAUACAGAGCUUCCCUAACCCGCCCCCCAUCGGGAGAUACAGAGGCGUCCGUCUUAGGAAGUGGGGCAAAUGGGCCGCUGAGAUCCGCGACCCGUUCCAGCAGAAACGGGUCUGGCUGGGCACUUACAACACCGCUGAGGAGGCCUCCCGGGCCUACGAGUCCAAGCGACUCGAGUUUGAGGCUGCUGCUGCCCUCUCUGGUAAGAGCUCGAAUGACAACAAUACCCUCAGCCGUCAGCUUUCUGAGGUCUCGAGCGGCAGCUCUGAGUCGCUUGCUUCGCACACUUCCCCAUCGUCGGUUUUGGAGCUCGACUCCCUUAGCUCAAAGGUUGAGGACGGUGUUCUUGUGGAGGCAAAGGUUGUUGAGAAGAAUGAGGAUACUAAUACUGAGAUUGGCCUCUUGAACAAGGAGCUGAUUGACUUGGCGGAAAUCGGGGACGAGCUGGAUUUGGAUGUGGAGCUCGACAUGCUCGUUAAUGGUGGUGAUUUCGGUCCGUUGGAUGAUUUCGCAAUUGGUUUUGACGAAUUCCCGAUUUGCGGGCUGGAUGGUGAGGAUCACCCGGAUUCUUUGCCGGAUUUUGAUUUCGAUCUGGACUUGGAUGCGUGUAACGAAACGUUUACGUGGAUGGAUGAAGGGAUGAAUGGAGUGUCCCUCAAUAUAGCAUGCCCAUAA